CAUUUUCGCGAAGCUGUGACGUCACCAGUCCCAGUCCGAACACUUCACUUUUCACCAACUUACUCGCAAAUUUUCUUUCUCCAUCGGCCAAAUUUUAUCACGCUUUCCGAUCCCCUUCUCGCCGCUGGAUUAAUUUCGUCUCGCUCGCCAAGUUUCCUCAGUGCAAAGAAGAAUGGCCCCCGAAAUCCAGAAGCCGGCGCCACCCUUCCAGGGCACGGCCGUCGUCAACGGACAGUUCCAGGACAUCAGCCUCGAGCAGUUCAGCGGGAAAUACGUCGUCCUCUUUUUCUACCCGCUCGACUUCACUUUUGUGUGUCCCACGGAGAUAAUCGCUUUCUCGGAACGCGUGGACGAGUUCCGGGCCAUCGGGUGUGAGGUGAUCGCCGCCUCCUGUGACAGCCACUUCAGCCACCUUGCCUGGGUGAACACACCGCGCAAGCAGGGUGGACUGGGCGAGAUGAAGAUCCCGCUUUUGGCCGACAAAAGCUGCAGCAUCGCGCGGGCGUACGGAGUGCUCAAGGAGGACGACGGCAUCCCCUUCCGAGGGCUCUUCAUCAUUGACCGCGACCAGAAGCUGCGCCAGAUCACCAUCAACGACCUGCCUGUCGGCCGCUCCGUCGACGAGACCCUCAGGCUCGUCCAGGCCUUCAUGUUCACUGACGAGCACGGAGAGGUUUGCCCGGCUGGUUGGAAGCCUGGAGCGAAGACCAUGAAGCCCGACCCUGCCGGCAGCAAGGACUACUUCAAGGACGUCCAAUAAUGCAACAUAUUGUAUCGAUCAAUUCCGUGAUGUUUUCUCAAUUCCUUAGCAACUUUAUCGUUUAAUGAUUUUCCACACAAAAAAACACAGCCAGUAUUUUUUGUAAUUGGUGUGUUGGUCAGUGAUUGUGCAGCUCUGCGAAAAAGAAAUAGUUGUUGAACAACUUUGUGUUGCUACUUUUGUGCUUCACACGUGAUUCUUUUAAUAAAAUACACUCAAGGAAA